CCUCCACAAUAUCUUCCUUUCUCCUUUUAAUUCUCAUACCUUGUCGUCGCGCUUCCCAAUACAAAGACUCCCAUACAAUGGAUCACCCAAAACGUCAAAUCUCGCACGUCAUCCACCUGCUCACCGAAGGUUCUCCCGCAGACCAAAAGGAUGCCCUCGAUGCCUAUUUCCUCCCCGACGCCAGCUUCAUCCAUCCAUUGUGUCGAGUCCCCAGCUUUUCGCACAUCUCACUGCCAUUGAUCGGAGAGAUUAAUUCGCGGUGGGUGAUCUGGAUGAUUUAUCGCUGGUACAAAAUCCUGUCACCACGAAUUAUUCUCAACAUUGAGUGUGACGAAUUCAACCAGAAGUCGUCCAUCCUGUUCGCCGAAAUCCACCAAAUAUUCUCCCUCUUCUUCGUCCCCUUCUACAAGUCCGACGUCCGCCUGACCACAAAACUGCAACUCGUACACCCCGCAAACGACGGGAAAUACUAUAUUCAAAGCCAAGAGGACUUGUAUCAGUUGAAUGAGGUUGUGAAGUUCUUUUGGCCUGGUGGCGCAACAAUUAUCUGGUUGUGGCAGGUGUUUGCGACGGGGCUGUGUAUUUUGGGUGCGCUGAUGUUGGCGCCAAUUACGUGGGUGGAGCAGAGGCAUGCGAAUGGUGUGAAUAGUGUUAAGAAGGGUUUUGAGGGGCCGAGGCCGAGGUGAUCGGUGAAGCUUUCGGGAGGAGAGCUAAAUAUGCAAAGUCCUGUUUGGACUACCACGUUUUGGUAGGUUCUGGGAUGUUGAAUAGGGACUGAAAUUUAUAGCCAAACGUGUUCUUGUAGGCCUGAUGGGCAAGUAGAAACCAGACAAUCAUAAGAGUUGACGGAAACAAAG